CCUUAGAAGGAAAGAAUGCAACCAUUAUUUAUGACCCUAAGAUUCACACGUCAGAUUCUCUACAGGAAGCUAUUGAUGAUAUGGGAUUUGAGACUGCUCCUGCCACUACAAAUCCUCAGCCUGUGGCUACUGACAGCACCUUUCUAAACCUCUCCCCGGAGCAGUCAGCUGAACAAAUACGCCUUGGCCUUCUGCAGAUGAAGGGAGUUCUAGACGUUAAAACCUCACUUGACGGGAGAUUGGCGAGUGUAGCCUACAUUCCCUCAUCGGUAAAUACCAGCCAGAUGAUUCAGCAAUUUCCUGGACUAAGUCUAGACCCCCUAUCUUCAAAAAAGGCUUCACCAAAUAAUGACGUUUUGGUGAAAAUGAAGGUAGAAGGAAUGACCUGCCAUUCUUGUACCAGUACAAUAGAAGGCAAGAUAGGCAAACUGCAAGGAGUUCUGCGGAUUAAAGUAUCCCUGGAUAACCAAGAGGCCCACAUUGUUUAUCAGCCUCAUGUUAUCACAGCAGCUGAAAUUAAGACUCAGAUUGAAGAAGCUGGUUUUGUUGCAUCAAUUAAAAACAAACCACCAUCAAAAUUAGGAGCUAUUGAUGUUGAGCGUUUGAAAAAUACACAGACUAAUGGUAUUGGGGAAAAAAUGCCAAAACCUCCUGGUGAUUUUACCAAAGGUGUGUUUCAGGUAGAGGGCAUGCACUGCAAAUCAUGUGUUGUGAAUAUUGAAAGUAAUAUUGGUUCUUUACCGGGGGUGUCAACCGUUGAAGUCUCAUUGGAGAGAAAAUCAGCCGUAAUAAAUUACAAUCCAAAUAUCAUCUCUUGUGAUAAGAUCAGCCGAGCAAUAGAAGCUUUACCUCCUGGGACAUUUAAAGUAAGUGUUUGCAAUGGCUUUAGUUUGGAGCCUUCCAACUCACCAAGGCCGUUACCAUCCUCGGAGCAAAUAUCUUCAAGCAAAACAAGCCAUGGUCCCAUGCAUAACGUUGCUGUUCUUAACAUUGAAGGGAUGACUUGCAAUUCCUGUGUGCAAUCAAUUGAGGGUCUGAUCUCUCAGAAGCCAGGAGUAAAAUCCAUAAAAGUGUCUUUGGCAAAUAAAAAUGCCACUGUGGAGUAUGACCCAGCCGCUACAAAUCCAGAUACUAUAAGAGAAUCCAUUGAAGAUAUGGGAUUUGAUGCUACUCUUCCUGUAGGAAUACAACCUGAGUCAGCAUUGGAAAUCCCUCUUAAGACUCCACUCUCCAACUCUCGCCAUCCGAAGAACCAAUACAGCAAAGAGACAUCAGUGCAGAGCAAAGAUGAGAACAGGACGACAAGCAAGUGCUUUAUUCAGGUUAAUGGCAUGACCUGCGCUUCCUGUGUGGCAAACAUAGAAAGGAAUCUCCGGAGAGAAGAUGGCAUAUAUUCUGUCCUUGUUGCUCUGAUGGCUGGGAAGGCAGAAGUAAGAUAUAACCCUGUGAUUAUGCAGCCUUCGGGUAUCGCAGAACUUAUUCAGGAACUUGGGUUUGAAGCUACUGUCUUAGAAAAUUACGAAGAAGGCAAUGGUGUUUUAGAAUUGGUGGUGCGAGGGAUGACAUGUGCUUCCUGUGUGCACAAAAUAGAAUCCUGUUUGAUGAAAACGAAGGGUGUAUUGUACAGCUCAGUAGCACUUGCAACAAACAAAGCGCAUAUUAAAUUUGACCCUGAGAUUAUUGGCCCAAGGGAUAUUAUGAAAAUAAUAAAUAAUUUAGGCUUUACUACAUCUUUAGUUAAAAAAGACAGAUCUGCAAGUCACCUUGAUCACAAAGUAGAGAUCCGACGGUGGAAACGAUCCUUCCUGAUCAGCUUGAUCUUCUGCAUUCCUGUGAUGGGUUUAAUGAUAUAUAUGAUGUUUAUGGACCAUCACCCUCCAAUGCCACACCACCACAACAUGAGUAUGCAUGAUAUGGAAGUUUACCAUCCAUCAAUGGUCCUGGAACAUCAGCUCCUGCCAGGCUUAUCUUACAUGAAUUUCCUGUCCUUCUUGCUAUGUGUACCUGUUCAGGUUUUAGGCGGCUGGUACUUUUACAUUCAAGCCUACAAAGCUCUGAAGCACAAAACUGCGAACAUGGAUGUGCUGAUCGUUCUAGCGACCUCAAUUGCUUUCAUUUAUUCCUUGGUGAUACUUGCAGUUGCGAUGUAUGAAAAAGCCAAAGUUAAUCCAAUUACUUUCUUUGACACCCCACCAAUGUUGUUUGUCUUCAUUGCCCUGGGACGCUGGUUGGAACAUGUUGCAAAGAGUAAAACAUCAGCAGCCCUAUCUAGACUAAUUUCCUUGCAAGCUACUGAAGCAACAGUUGUGAUGCUGGAUUCCGACAAGUCUGUGUUGAGUGAAGAGCAGGUGGAUGUGGAGCUGGUGCAGAGAGGGGACAUUGUGAAAGUGUCACCAGGAGGAAAAUUUCCUGUAGAUGGGAGAGUUAUUUCAGGGCACUCAAUGGUGGAUGAAUCUUUAAUCACAGGUGAAGCCAUGCCGGUUACCAAGAAACCUGGUAGCAGUGCUAUUGCUGGCUCCAUUAACCAGAACGGGUCCUUGCUUAUUACAGCUACACAUGUUGGAUCAGAUACUACCCUUUGCCAAAUAGUUAAACUUGUUGAAGAGGCACAGACAUCAAAGGCCCCUAUCCAGCAGUUCGCAGACAAACUCAGUGGCUACUUUGUACCUUUCAUAGUCGCUGUCUCUGUAAUCACUCUUAUCGUGUGGCUCAUCAUUGGAUAUGUAAACUUUGAAAUUGUAGAGAAAUAUUUUCCGGGCUACAACAAGAGUAUUUCUAGAGGAGAAGUGAUUGUUCGCUUUGCGUUUCAAGCUGCUAUCACGGUCCUGUGCAUUGCAUGCCCCUGCUCCUUGGGACUGGCAACCCCAACAGCUGUUAUGGUUGGCACUGGAGUGGGAGCACAGAAUGGCAUACUGAUUAAAGGAGGAGAGCCUCUGGAAAUGGCACACAAAGUAAAGACAGUUGUGUUUGACAAGACUGGAACAAUCACUCAUGGGACACCGGUUGUAAUGCAAGUGAAGGUUCUGGUGGAAAGCAACAAGAUGCCUCCUAACAAACUGCUGGCCAUUGUGGGGACUGCAGAGAGCAACAGUGAACAUCCAUUAGGAUCAGCCGUCACUAAACAUUGCAAAGAGGUCCUGAACAAAGAAACCUUGGGCACAUGCUUAGAUUUCCAGGCAGUACCUGGAUGUGGAAUCAGCUGCAAAGUUAGCAACAUUGAAGGGCUCCUUUCAAGCACAAACCAGGCAACUGAACCCGAUACAAGCAGAAAUGCAGUGUUAGUUCAGAUAGAUGGAAAACAAGAAGACACAAUUCUUCCGCCAUCUUUCAGCACCCAGAAAACAACUUCCUUUGCUUCUAAGACAUACUCUGUCUUAAUUGGGAACCGUGAGUGGAUGAACAGGAACUUCCUGCCCCUGAAGAGUGAAACGGAUCUUCUCAUGACAGAACAUGAGCAGAAAGGUCGCACAGCGGUCCUGGUAGCUGUAGAUGGAGUACUCUGCGGAUUAAUAGCAAUUGCAGACACUGUCAAGCCUGAAGCUGCGUUAGCUGUUUAUACAUUACGCUCAAUGGGCUUAGAUGUGGUUUUAAUGACCGGGGAUAACAGCAAGACUGCUAAAGCCAUUGCUGCACAGGUUGGCAUAACUAAGGUAUUUGCUGAGGUCCUCCCUUCUCAUAAAGUUGCCAAAGUAAAGCAGCUACAAGACGAAGGAAAACGAGUAGCCAUGGUAGGCGACGGUAUUAACGACUCUCCUGCUCUUGCUAUGGCUAGCGUGGGAAUUGCCAUUGGAACUGGCACAGAUGUGGCGAUAGAAGCUGCUGAUGUUGUUCUUAUAAGGAAUGAUCUGUUAGAUGUAGUGGCCAGCAUAGAUUUAUCACGCAAGACCGUGAGAAGGAUUCGGAUAAAUUUUGUCUUUGCGCUUAUCUACAACCUUGUUGGAAUCCCAAUAGCUGCAGGUGUGUUCAUGCCCGCUGGUCUAGUGUUGCAGCCAUGGAUGGGCUCUGCUGCAAUGGCUGCUUCCUCUGUUUCUGUUGUCUUUUCUUCUUUAAUGCUUAAACUGUAUCGUAAGCCGAGUAGAGAGAUGCUUGAAAACCGUGCCCAAGGUCAAAUAAGACAGAAAUCACCCUCGGAAAUCAGUGUUCAUAUUGGAAUUAUGGAAAACCAGAAAAAUUCUCCUGAACUGAGCCUCUUGGAUCGCAUAGUGAACUAUAGCCGAGCAUCACUCAAUUCCUUCCUGUCGGAUAAGCAUUCACAGCACAGCAUCCCGCUACAUGAGCCAGACAAGCAUUCAUUGCUAGUGGGAGACCUGCAAGGCGAGGAAGAUACCUUUCUGUGAAGGACCUAGCCAACAACGUUUAGUUGCAUUAUUUAAGAAGCUGUGUUGUGUUUGCAAAUCAUACUGAGAUUCUUCAGUAAAGAGAAGACAAAACCAACAGCAACUGCAUCAAAACAGUGAGCCCAGCACUAGUAGAAAAGGAUGACAUUACAACUUCAGAACAACAAACCUUUUAUAGCAACAAUUGCAACACAAUGCAGUUCAUCAUACAACAUAUUGCUGUAAAUGCUUCUCUGGAAAGAAGGACCACUUCUUCCUUUUUGACACUAAAGAGAUGAACACGAAAGUGAUAGCUUUGCAAGUAAAUGUGCCUUAUUUCCUUUACGUGAUUAUUAAUUAUUUAAAAGCACUGAAAGACGGCAGUAAAGUGAGCAAAACAAAGAACUGGUAUACAGAUAGCACUUCUGAAAUAUAUUUUUCUUCUCAGUAAUUUUCCCACAUUUAAGUUAAUUUUCUUUAUACGUUCAUAAUUUAAUGCACAGAGAUUUUAUUUUUAAUACUGUGCUCUCACUUUUUUUCAUUGUUCAAUCUUGCAGAUACAUCAAAGAUGCAAAUCUGGGUUUUAUUUUCAUGCAAAUUUCAGAUCAGUUUUGGAUUUUGUGGAAUUUUAUAAUCCCUAACUCAUGUACUGUUAGAGCGUAAUGUAAUAAAUGUCUUCACUGCCAUAAGUAACCAUCUAUAAAAUAUCUUGCUGAUAAUAUAGAGCUAAGGAUAUCUCUAACGUGUAAUUUCAGUGCUGUUGCCUUAAGAGAUUUUAAAUUCCUUGUUUAAUUUAUGCAAAUUAAAUCCCUAAAUAGUAUUAUUAGAGAUUUGUGAUUUAAAAACAUAUUUUAUUCAAGUCAGCUGCUGCAGACACUUAAAGGGAUAUUAUACCCAUAUGCUAAAUCACUUGAAAGUGAUGCAGUAUAAUUGUAAAAAGCUGACAAAAAAAAUAUCACUUGCAGUGUUCGUCACAGAAAAUGCUUGUAGCCGGGUGGGAGCAGUGUAAUCAUUUCUAAUAUUAUAUCAUCAGCUAUCCAAAGCCCAAAAUAAUUGCAUAAUUGAAGAUAAAUGUAUUUAAUGAUCAUUUUUGCAAUACAAACAUUUUUAAUACUGGUUAAUUUAAGCUUAAUAUUGGCUUAAAGUUUAGCCGGGUGGUCAGUAAAAUCAGCCAGGUGGUGUACCCGCUAAAAAGGUUGUGGGGAGAACACAGACUUGAACAUCUCUAUGUAAAAAAAGGAAGAUAUUUUACCUCAAAAUUUAUUCAUCUCACAAUAGAAAGUGCGUUGUGAAUAGUUAUACUUUUGCUACUUUCCAGCUGCAAGUUGGGGGAAAAAAACAGCCAAUCAGCAUGAACAGUGCUGAGGUCAUGCUUUGCUUUACUGUGAUCUCAGGAGAUUUUACUGAAAUCUUGUGAUUUCAUUAUAAACUUCCUUAAAUUGAGUAUUGAAUAAACAUGACUGUGCCUGCACAUGCCAGAGGCACGCUCCCUUGCAAGUCCUGGGACUAGCAUCCGGAUUGGUUGCUUAAAGUUCCUUUACAGUGGGGGUGUAGCUACUGAGGAAAAUUUGAGGUAAAAUAUCUUCUUUUUUUACAUAAAGAUGUUUAGCUGUUAUUUUUUUAUUCAGCUUUUUACAGCUAUGCUGCAUCACUUUCAAGUGCUUCAAUAUUAUGAUAUCAUGUUCCUUUAAUCCUAAUUUUGCUUGGGACUUCAGAGUUCUUUGAUUCCUGCAAAAGAACCACCUAUCCGUGUAGAAUUCUUAUGGUUGAGAUUACUGUAUUAUAUUAAUAUGGUGUUAAUUUACCACCUCAGAGAUUUUACUGCCCAUCAGACUGAUUUAAUAAGAUCAGGUCAAUAUCACGAUAGCAUUGCUGGUAUGAUGUUGGAGCUAGGUGCGAAUGUUUUUUGGAAAAAAAUAUAUUUUAUUAAUAUUUGUACUAACAUAGGAGAUUCUACUGCAUGGAAGUUUAAAAAGAUCACCAUAUGCUACAUUUUUUAAUUGUUUUGUUUGUAUUAACUUCAACUAGAAUCCCUAUUAAAGACACAUAUUAGUGCAAUAAUGUUCUGCUUUAGAGCACUUUAUUAUUGCACAAAUGAUUGCCUCUUACUAUGUGUUUAACCGACCCUGAAAAGGGCUUAAAUACAUUAAGCCAAAUCAGGAGCAGCAAAUGUAAGUAGCCAUCAGUCGCCAGCUUUGUCCCGCUUAGUACUCACACAACAGUAGUAGACACUUUAUAAUAGUGCACCAACAAUACACAAAUAUGCAUGGUGCAAACAUACUUUAUUAAAAUAAAAGAUAAAUAUACAUAUAUUAUUUUACUAAAUAAGUUUGUAGUAUUUACCUAAUUUAUUCGCUACCAGAAUCUGGAAUUUCAUAUUAAAACAAGUUUUGGCAGGUUUUUUUUAUACAUUCCAUUAAGGAUAACAGAAAAAUAUGGUAUGUACCAUUUUUGUUUUUAAAUCUACAAAGAUUUUAUUUUCGAUUUAUUUGUGAGAUGACUUUAUUUUUCAGAUCAUAUAUGACACACCUGAAAACCUAUACUGUUUCAUAGAAUGAUGAGCAGGGGAAUGAAAUAUUGUCUAAAAUUGCAUAAACUGGCUUAGCUGAGGAUAAUAAUAUAAAGUUAUAGCGAGCUAUAAAAUCACAGGUCGUCUGAUGUACAGCAACAUAUGAAAACAACCCCUGAGACUAGUACUGAUUAAGUUCACACUAAAUAUAAAAUACUCAUAUAUUUGGGUAGAGUGAAAAAUGUUGGGCAUGUCAUAGAUCAGGUCUAAAAGAAAUUGUACAAGAGCCAAAUACAUUUAUAUAUUACGAAUGUAUAUUUGUUUUGUUUUGUAAACAUUAGAAUAUGUAAGAUUGUUAGCUAAAGGCCAAAUAACUUGUCUCUUGGAUGUGUUUUGAAAAACUAUUGUCUUCUGUUAUAUUUAAGUUUCUACGUAUGUAAAUUAUGCACUGUCAGUUUUGAGAUUCCUUAAAUUGUAUUUUCUGUAUUUUAUUUAUAAUGAUUGCAAAAUGUUUCUUUUCAUGCUGACAUAAUAAUGACAUUUUCAGAUUGUA